AUGGAGGAGGUAUACGUCGUCAAACACCUGCACGCAGCAUUGCUUGGGAGGCCGGCUAUCAGCAAGCUUGAGCUGGUGGCGUGGCUAGACAGCAUUAGCAUUGAGACUCUUAAAACGAGCUACCCGAAGCUGUGCAGUGGUUUGGGUGAGGUGCGCCAGCCAUACGCCAUUCGUCUCAAACCAGGGGCAGAGCCGUUUUCUCUCAAGACUCCCCGACGGAUUCCACUUCUGUUAAUGGGUAAAGUGAAGCAAGAGCUCUCACGCAUGGAAAGUCUUGGAGUAAUUAGCAGAGUGGAGGACCCGACAGACUGGUGCACUGGCAUCGUUGUUGUGCUGAAGAAGACAGGUGCAGUGCGCAUAUGCGUCGACCUCACAAAGCUAAACGAGUCAGUGUGCAGAGAAAAGUACAUACUUCCAUCUGUGAAAGAAACACUGGGAAAGCUGGCAGGUGUGCAAAUCUUCAGUAAGCUGGAUGCCAAUAUGGGGUUCUGGCAAAUACCCCUGACAGAAGAUUCUGCGAAGUACACAAUGUUUAUAACCCCCUUCGGUCAUUAUCAUUUUAACAGACUCCCGUUUGGAAUUGCUUCCACACCAGAGCAUUUCCAGAACAGAAUGGUGACUGAGGUCACUGAUGGUCUUCAAGGUGUCGUCUGCCACAUGGACGAUGUGCUCGUGUGGGGCCGGUCACAAGGAGAACAUGAUGGGCGACUGCAUGCCGUGCUAGAGAGGAUGCAAAAGGUGGGUAUCACGCUAAAUGUUGAAAAGUGUGACUUGUCAAAGCGGGUGAUAAACUUUUUGGGACAUGUAAUCUCCAGCAGCGGAAUCAGUCCAGACCCAAGGAAGACGGAAGCCAUUACAAAAAUGGAUGAGCCGAGAAAUGUGAGCGAGCUGAGGAGUUUUCUCGGCAUGGUCAACCAACUGGGGAAGUUUAUCCAGCAGCUGGCUGAGAGGGAUAAACCUCUGCGAGAUCUCCUCUCUAAGAAAAACUGCUUGGUGUGGGAUGUCGAACAGGUCCGAGCUUUUCAAAACUUGAAGGACACACUGACAAGCCCACCAGUGUUGGCGAUCUACGACCCGAACAGGGAGAUCAAGGUGUCAGCAGACGCUUCUUCUUAUGGCUUAGGUGGUGUUCUUCUCCAGGAGUGGGAGGAUGUGUGGAAGCCAGUGGCCUAUGUGUCGCGGUCACUCACACAGACAGAGCAGAGAUACGCGCAGGUGGAGAAGGAGGCGUUAGGACUUACCUGGGCCUGUGAGAGGUUCCGGAAUUUCCUGAUUGGCAAGCACUUUCUGUUAGAAACAGACCACAAACUACUACUGAGCCUUCUGGGGUCUCAGGCAUUGGAUGCCCUUCCCCCGCAUAUUCAGCAGUUCCGCAUGCGACUGAUGCGUUACUUGUACAAUAUUGCUAAUGUGCCAGGAAAGUGUAUCUGCACAGCCGAUGCAUUGUCACAAACUCCAGUGAAGAGUGGAGCGACACCGGAGGAAGAGGAUUUCCUUGAAGACACAAACAUCUAUGCAGACUCUGUUAUGAACAAUUUACCUGCAAGCUCUACUUACCUGGAGGAGUUGAGAGAACAGCUGAAAAGGGACAGUGUGUGUGCAAGAGUGAUGCAGCUAUGUGUGGAAGGCUGGCCAGCGCACAGCAUUACGGAACCAGCACUGAAAGCCUAUUGGGCAGACCGGGCAUUUCUCACUGUUCAGACAGGACUCCUGCUGAAGGGAACCAGGCUCGUCAUCUCGUCAGUGAUGAGAAACGACGUUCUUGCCAGACUGCAUGUCGGCCACCAGGGGGUGGUGAAGUGCAGAGAGCGUGCAAGACAGUCGGUGUGGUGGCCUGGCUUGAGUCAGCAGUUGAAUGAGCUGGUCCUCAAUUGCCGAAUGUGCUGUAAAGAGAGACAGAACAACAAAGAGCCCCUUAUGCCAUCACACUAUCCUGACAGACCAUGGCAGAGAUUGGGAGCUGACAUUUUCUCACUGGGAAGCAAGACUUACCUGCUGGUGGUGGAUUAUGCUUCCAGGUAUGUGGAGAUUGCUCAGCUUACCCCAUCUAGAUCAACUGAUGUCAUAGUCCAUCUGAAAUCCAUCUUCACCCACCAUGGCAUUCCAGAAAAACUGGUGACAGACAACGGGCCACAGCUCUCAGGGAUGACCUUUGCGGCGUUUGCAGAGUCGUAUGGCUUUUGCCAUGUGACAAGCAGCCCAUUAUUUCCUCAGAGUAAUGGAGAAGCAGAGCAUGCAGUCAAAACCAUCAAAGAGCUUCUGAGAAAAGAGGCUAACCCAUACUUAGCUCUGCUUUCUUAUAGGGCUACACCACUCCAGAACGGUUACAGUCCAUCACAGCUCCUAAUGGGGAGAAGACUUCGCACGACUGUGCCAACACUUCCUGCGCUGCUUGACCCUGCACUCCCUGACAGCCAGGCGGUAGCUCAAAAGGAAAAUCUAAAGCGAGCUAUGGAUGCAAAAUAUUACAACAGGCGUCACCGCACACACACCCUCACUGAUCUUUCACCUGGUCAAGAAGUGUGGGUGACAGAUAAAGGGACAUCGGGAAAGGUGAUCAGCAACCACACCACUCCGCGUUCCUAUCUCGUAGAUGCGCCACAUGGAACAGUGCAACGCAACCGGCAUCACCUGAUUCCCAUGCGUACAUCACCAGAACAGAACAGCAGAGGGGUGCAGGAGCAACCCUCUCGUGAUCUCUCGGAGGAAAGUUCUACAGAGCCACCUUUACAGACUGUUUCCAGUCCACCAUCUACUCCUAGAACAAGAUCGGGAAGAAUUGUGGUGAGACCAACAAGGUUGGACCUGUAA